CCCUUCUGCACACACCCCUGUUUGCAGGUCGGCGCGGAACAGGGAAUGGCAAACCUUGAUUAAAACACGUUCCACGAGCGACGUCUCGGCUCGGUUCAUUGUCCCCUUCAGGUGUCCACCUCUAACGCUCGACCAGGACCUCGAAACGGGAAAAAAGUCACCUGCGCCGGUAAUGGUGUUGAUUCCUUUCUGAUGUAUUGAUUAGAGCUCGGAUAUCUAUUCCCUUUUUCUUUUCAGUUGUGUUGUCUCUGCCGUCGAUCUUCCGGGCCGCUGCCGCUGCCCCUGCUGCUGUUGCAGCCAUUGAUGACGUUCGGUUCGUCCAUCGACUCCCGUUCGGGGUCCUUUGCGCCCACGUCCUGCGACGUCGCUUGCCUCGUUCACGGACUCUAGGAUGGAUCGAUUCACGCGGAAAGAUAGCGGGGAUGCCCUGCCGAUCUACCAAAACCCCCAAGAGCCAGGGUCAGCAGGGACCCCUAUCGAGUUGGAGCGUUCGUGGUCUGCUUCGCCAAAGAUGAGCCCUCGACCGACAUCUGCGCAAUCAAGAACCGUGGCCGAUGAAUACUCGUCUCUGACGCCGAUCGAAGUCGCCUCACGGCUGAAAACGUCGCUCACCCAUGGCCUCACGCCCGCCGAAGCCCUCUCGAGGUUACGCGACUACGGUCCGAACGAAAUCCCGCACGAAGAACCCGAGCCGAUAUGGUUGCGAUUCAUCAAGCAGUUCCAAGAGCCGCUUAUACUCCUCCUCUUGGCUUCUGCCGGCGCGUCGAUCGUGGUCGGGAAUAUGGAUGACGCCGUGAGCAUCACGGUUGCUGUGACCAUCGUGGUUAGCGUGGGCUUCGUACAGGAAUAUCGCUCCGAAAAGUCGAUUGAGGCGCUGAACCAUCUCGUUCCGAACCAUGCCCACCUCGUGCGGAAACAGGCACCCAACGCCUCUCUCGGCGGGCGCUCGCCGAAUUGGCCAGGCGACAAAACCCCCGACUUUCCAACAUCCGGUUCGGUCACUCCCGAAGAAGAGGUGCUGGAGGCAACGUCGUCCAAGGUCAUGGCCGCGCAACUGGUACCAGGGGAUCUUGUCCUCUUCACCACCGGUGACCGCAUCCCCGCCGACAUUCGGGUAACGAAAGCCGCCGAUUUGACCAUCGACGCCUCGAAUCUCACGGGCGAGAACGAGCCUGUAAGGAUCACGGCGAAUACCCGUCCGCGUCGUGCGAUCGGCGUCCCUAGCUAUGGCAAUUCCACCUUGCAAUUGCCUCAGCCGUCCUUCGGCGGAGCCACCAACGGACACUCGGCGGGACAUGCGAAGGUGGACCAUGACGGGCCGCACAACAUCGCUUCCAUGGGAACGUUGGUCAAAUCCGGGCAUGGACAGGGUAUUGUGUUUGCAACUGGCGGCGAUACACACUUUGGUACAAUCGCAGCCAGCGUGUCCGGCACCGAAAGCCCUCGCUCCCCGCUGCAAAUGUCUAUGGAUGACCUUGGGUCACAACUGAGCAAGGCAUCUUUCGUCAUCAUUGGGCUGAUCUCGCUCAUUGGCUGGUUUCAGGGGAAGAAGCUACUCGAAAUCUUCACCAUCUCUAUUUCGCUAGCUGUAGCGGCGAUUCCGGAAGGCCUUCCCAUCAUUGUAACCGUGACCCUUGCCUUAGGCGUCCACCGGAUGGCCAAGCAUAACGCAAUCGUCCGGAGGAUGCCCAAGGUUGAAACGCUAGGAUCCGUCAAUGUCGUUUGCACGGACAAGACAGGUACCCUGACGACGAACCAUAUGACGACGGCCAAGAUGUGGUAUUUUGGCACGAACGAUGCCGUUGAUGUAGAAUCCGAUGACGAGGCAACCGAGGCCAAGCUGGGCCCUGCUGCGCUGAGAAUCAUGCGGAUUGGGAAUAUAGCUAACAAUGCGCGUCUCGCCCGUAAUUACACCGAGAACGGCGCGGCCGCGAGAGCCGUGCUCUCCUCCACCCAAAAUAGGGGUCAUGCGUCAACAUACACGCGUUGGGUUGGUCAGCCUACGGAUGUUGCCAUGCUCGACCUUCUAGAUCGAUUCAAGGAGCAUGAUGUCCGUGAUUCUAUCGGGCCCCGGGCGACCGAAACGCCGUUUAGCUCCGAGCGCAAGUGGAUGGGUGUCACGAUUGGCUCCGAAAAUGGCAAGAACGACAAGGAGUUUGCGUACAUGAAAGGUGCUAUCGACAAAGUCCUCGACGCUUGCGAUACCUAUGUCACUAAGGAUGGCAGGGAGAUCGUGCUGGACUCGGCGCGGCGGCAGGAGGCUUUGGAGGCGGCCGAGCAGAUGGCAUCCACGGGCCUUCGAGUUUUGGCUUUUGCCAGCGGGCCCGUCUCAAAAUUCAGGAAUAGCAAACAUACUCCUAGGAGUAACACUCCCGGGUCAGACAGGGCUGAUAGCCCCAUCCAUCAUGGCGUUGAGGAGCAGUACAAGGGCCUCAGUUUCGCCGGUCUGGUUGGGAUGAGUGAUCCGCCUCGACCGGGUGUCGGACGCUCCAUCAGAAAGUUGAUGCGCGGGCGCGUCAAGGUCAUCAUGAUCACUGGCGACGCCGAGACCACAGCCGUUGCUAUCGGCAAGCAGCUGGGCAUGGCGGUUGCAACACCCACUGCGCAUACAUCAAACCAAGUCACCAUCAGGUCGGUCCUUCGCGGUGAUGAAAUCGAUGCCAUGUCGGACGAGGACCUGGCAAGGGCAAUGGAGCACACGACAAUUUUUGCACGGACGAAUCCCGACCACAAGUUGAAAAUCAUCAGGGCGCUCCAGUCCCGCGGCGAUAUUGUCGCCAUGACGGGCGACGGCGUCAACGAUGCGCCAGCUCUCAAGAAGGCCGACAUUGGCAUCGCUAUGGGCAUGCACGGCACCGACGUUGCCAAGGAAGCCGCCGACAUGAUCCUCACCGACGACGACUUCUCAACCAUCCUCCACGCCAUCGAAGAGGGCAAAGGCAUCUUCAACAACAUCCAGAACUUCCUCACCUUCCAACUAUCCACCAGCGCCGCCGGCCUCUCCCUCGUCCUGAUCUGCACCGCACUGGGGUUCAAGUCCCCGCUCAACGCGAUGCAAAUCCUCUGGAUCAACAUAAUCAUGGAUGGCCCCCCCGCGCAAUCCCUCGGCGUCGAAGCGGUCGACAAGGACGUGAUGAACCGCCCCCCGCGGCGGCGCGGCGACGCCGUGCUCACCCGGCGCCUGCUCGCGCGCGUCUUCACGCAGGCGGCCAUCAUCAUGGCGGGCACGAUGCUGGUCUACACGCGCGAGAUGCUCGGCGACGGCAAGGUCACCCGCCGCGACACCACCAUGACCUUCACCUGCUUCGUGCUCUUCGACAUGUUCAACGCCCUCACCUGCCGCUCCGAGAGCAAGAGCGUCCUGCGCGGCGAGGUCGGCCUCUUCAGCAACCUGCUCUUCAACUGGGCUGUGGCCGGCAGUCUUAUGGGCCAGCUGGCGGUUGUGUACCUGCCCUGGCUGCAGGAGGUGUUUCAGACGGAGGGGCUGGGGUUUAGGGAUCUGUUGGGUCUGUUGAUGCUGUGCAGUAGCGUGUUUUGGGCGGAUGAGGUGCGCAAGUGGUUGAGGUAUGGGAAGGGGAGGAGGGGGGUGUUUGUGGGUGGGUAUAGUCAGGCAGUUUAAACCGGUUAUAAGGGGGUUGUUUGGUGGCGUAGGGUUGGCAUUGGUUAAGCUGGAGGAGUAUGAGAAUAGAUGUGGCCUGGGCUAGACGGGUUGGUGGAGUUCACGCACUUAAUGAAUGUAUCGUAUCAGUGUGUUGGGUUUUGCACGUACAAACUACCUACCUCUGUCUUGCGUUGUACACACACGGUCCCAUAUUGGGGCAACCGAGACAGGUUCGCCCAAGCGUAUUACCCUUAGUUCGCUCCCUGAAGACCUGCAGAGACUGGAGAGAGGUGUGAGUUAUUCCCCUGUGGCGAAGACCUUCCAUGGCGUUGUGGGCCUCGGCGCGGCCCGGGGCGGGGCACCGCGGGGAGUGGAACCAUCUCCAGAACGAGACUCCA